AUGGAUUGUGAAAAAUUACCGCUGAAAAUCGAACACAUUCAACAGCUGCUUGUCGUUUCUGUGGCCACAUGCAUCCUAUGGGAAGAAGCAAAAAGCGGAAUCAUUUUGCAGCAAANNGUGUUUUGGAAGAAAGAAUCAACAUUAGAACCUCACAUUCAAGCAGCUGAUUGUGUCGGUGGUGUACAACUACCAGCCAAAUGGAAAGGCAUAUUUGCUAAACUGUUGGUGAAUGGGGAAGAAAUAACGUUCCAACUAGAUUCUGGUGUGUUCGUCAACAUAAUACCGAGAAAUUUCCAACCCGAUAUCAAAUUGGACUCUACCCAGACGAGAUUAGUUAUGUGGAACGAUGCAAACGUGGAGCCGAAAGAAGAAACCAUUAUUACACUGAAGAAUUCCAGAAACGGAGUCGCGAGUUUUAUCGUCGUGGAGCCGGGUUAUGUUCCAAUUCUUGGAUACGAGUCCAUCGAGCGACUUGGUUUGGUAUCGUUUAACUAUGAUUCAUUUGUUCAUCACGUUUGUAAAGACAGUGAAUACUACCUGGAAAAGUAUACCUCUGUUUUUGAUGGAAAACUGGGAAAUUUGGCAAGAACUGUGACACUUCACAUAAACGACGCAGCCCAGCCCCUUGUUUUACCAACGCGGCCGUCCCCACUUGCUGUUGGAGAGGAAUUUUCGCGCGAAGUGAAUAACCCUAUCACAAGGGGCGUUUUGGAGAAAGUUGAUGAACCAACGGACUGGGUGAGUCAUGUUGUGGUGGUGACGAAAACGUCUGGAGAAUUGAGAUUACGUAUCGAUCCGAAACCAUUAAACAAGGCAUUAAGACGGGAGCACUUCACUCUACCCAUUUUUGACAAUAUACUGCCGAAAUUAGCUAAUACAAGAUACUUCACGAAGGUGGAUUUAGCCUAUGCAUUUUGGCAUUUAGAGCUAGACGAUAGAUCAAGCUACUUGACCACUUUUGGCUCGCCACUCGGGUGA